AUGGAGAUACCUACAAGAUCCUCUCAGUUGGGCCAAAGCAAUACUGCACCCAAACAAAAAAACCAAAGCCCUCACGACGAGACUGCUCCUCCAAGAGCUUCACUCAACGACACAAGGGGAAAUAUUUAUCUUGAAGGUGGCCUGGCAGGCUGGCUUUGUGUCUUUGGCAGCUUCCUGGGCCUACUUGCCAGUCUAGGUCUGGUGAACUCCUUGGGCUCGUUUCAAGCUUAUCUGGAAACACAUCAACUACAACGAUAUGAUUCUGGAAAGAUCGGCUGGAUUUUUAGCAUAUACACAUUUCUCACGUUUUUUUGCGGCAUCAUCAUCGGGCCUAUCUUCGACGCGCGAGGACCUCGUAUAUUAGUACUUGCUGGAUCAACUCUUAUCAUGGCCACAAUGGUCACUCUCGGCUUUUGCAACGAAUACUGGCACUUUAUGCUGUCCUUCGGCUUCUGUGGAGGUUUGGGAACAUCGCUUGUCUUCACACCAGCCAUAGCAGCCAUCAGUCAUUUCUUCUUUGAGAAGCGCGGCAUCGCAACAGGGAUCGCAGCAGGAGGUGGUGCGAUAGGAGGGAUUAUAAUUCCCCUUGUACUGGAGAGCCUUAUUGCUAGGAUUGGGUUCGCUUGGGCGACUCGGGUCCUUGCUCUUAUCUGGCUGAUCUGCCUAGGUAUUGCAUGCAUCACCAUCACGUCUCGUUUACCUACAAAGCCGUUUUCUAAGGAAAACAUCGUACCCGAUCUUCGGAUUUUUACGAAUACCCCAUUCCUUCUUACUACCUUGGCGGUCUUCUUUGUGGAAUGGGGAAUUUUCAUUCCAAUUUCGUAUAUCUCAUCGUACGCCUUAGCUCAUGGGGUUCCGUCCAAGUUGUCGUACCAGCUUCUUGCCAUUAUGAAUGCAGGGUCGUUCUUUGGGCGCGUACUUCCCGGAUACUUUGCAGAUGUGAUGGGACGAUUCAACGUUUUGAUUAUCACCGUUGCCCUCUGUCUCCUUUGUAAUGUCUGUCUCUGGCUACCAGCAGGAGGAAAUGUACCAAGGCUGGUGAUUUACAGCUGUGCUUUUGGAUUCUUCAGUGGCAGCGGUAUCAGCCUCACCCCUGUGUGUAUAGGACAAUUAUGCGAGACAGAGCACUAUGGGCGGUAUUACGCGACAGCUUACACGGUCGUUAGCCUGGGAACUCUCACAGGCAUACCAAUUGCGGGAGAGAUUUUAUCCCGUUGUAACGGAGAGUAUUGGGGCCUGAUCAGCUUUACCACAUGCUGCUACGCUGCUGGACUCAUUUGUGCGAUUGCAGUAAAAGUAAUUGAAUGUGGUUGGCGCAACCCCUGGGUAUUUUACUAG